AUGCUGCAGUUGUCUAAAACAGAACUUUUCCAUCUAUCACAAUCUCAGUCUUAUGAUUGUCUUGAUGAAAUCUCAGUGCUGACGAUUUUCCCAAGAUUAUAUCUUACGACGGAGAAUUUUGAUGCUUUUAUCAGUAAACGCCUGAAGCAUUCAAAUUCUCUCAUAAAAGCCAUCGAUUUAUUGAAUUUGGCAGAUGAAUUAGCCUUUAUUGACUUUUCAAGGGAGUGGAAUGAAGCACUAUUUAGCCUGUCGAAGAGACAAAAUGACCAAACAAUGCGUCGACCUAGGGUCUACACAUACGACGAUUUCGAAGCUCAAAACUCUACUGAAUUAAAACUGAAGCUUGUAACUCAACAGAUUCUCCAUGUUAUGGAAGAGCCCUUUUCCGAAUUUUGCAAUAUUUACCAGUGCUGUUCUCUUUUGGAGUCUCCAUCUAUGUUGGACUCAAUUACUCUUUUCAUUAGUUUCGUUGCAGCCGAAGUAUUUGAAGCGAAUAUGUUGCCGACAUUAGUUGUCAAUCUCUGUAUACACUGUGGACCAAAGUCGCGUUACCUAAUAGAACGUCUCGUCUUGAAUUUUCCUCAUUUAUGGUCGGAUAUCUACGAACAUUUCCUUAACCAGAUUUCGUAUUUUAAAGGCAAGGCUGAAACAAGAAAAAGUGCUCUUUGCUUGGCAACUUUGGAAUAUCUUGUUUCCUUUGUUCCUGAGACCACCGAUGUAAUGGAUGAAUGUAUUCGAUUGAAGAUUCUGCCCGAUCUUGUUAUGAAAAUGGCAAUCAUGAAUUCCAAAAAGGAUAGAAAUUUUUCUCUUUUGCAAUUUUUUACUCAAUUACUCAUCAAUCAAUCCCCUGAUGUUCAAUCGUGGUUUUCUGGCUAUUUGAAAUCGGCUUGGAGUUCGAAUCCUACCUUUAGUAAUGUGAUUAAUGAGAAUCUUUUCUCGGCCAUUUCUGUUUUUGAACUUGAUCCUAAUUCCAAUCUUCCUGAUGAGUUAUUCUUCCCAGCUAUAGAGUUUCUACAAACCGUUGCCGCCCUUUGUGGGUAUACUGAUUUCGCGUAA